AUGGAUUCGGUCCCGCCCGUUGCCUAUAGCACCGAUACUAAGACGAGGAGGCUGAGGAACUCCUGUGACCUCUGUACCCGGUCAAAGUUGAAGUGCGACCAGAUGAAGCCAUCGUGCAACCGCUGCGUACGACGCGGCCAAGGGUGUGUUUACAGCCAAGUCCGAAAAGCCGGGAGGCCGCCCAAGACUCCGAACAAACUUCAGGGUGCAGAGUGGAAAAUCCGACUAGACAAAGGCGGGAAAAACCUCUCGUUCUAUACUUCCAGCCCACGCGAUUCAACUCCUGGCAGCACCACUUGGCCUAUCCACGCAACCGCAUCCGUUUCGUCCGACAGCCGAACGCCAUCCCCUUCAACAGGCGAAAGGAUGGAAGAGAGGAUGGUGGGGUAUUUCGACAACUGUUCGUGGGACUCGGACACCCUCUUGAACUCUCUCCUGGACGCAGAGAACGGCUGGUCGCCAACGUACGACGCAACCGCCCUCGAUUUCCACGACGGGAGGGAUCACGGAAUCGACAGUUUCCACCAUGUCAACACCAACUUCCCGUCGCAUCCCGAUCUACAGCAUUCGCUGCUGAACCAAGACAUUCGGGCUUGGAUAGGCCACCCACACGUUCAAUCGAUGAACACCUGCUUUCCGGAUUCGCUACAAGAGCCGCUAAUGUCCUACCCGACGAUGAUGCCGGGAAAAGAACAUCUCGGAGCUUACGAGUCUGGUUUGACAGGCCAUUUCGAGCCGUUUGGAAGCGGAAAAUGCAACAUGGAUUCGGAAAGGACACCCAGGAGUUAUCAUGGUUUAUGA